AGCGGUCUAGACCAAUAUGAAUCACGUGAUCUUGAUUAGCUCGUCGGUCCAACACCACACAAUAGCCCUUGAAAAGAAGCUGGAAGAGACGCAUCGAAAUCUCGACAAAAAAGGGAUAAUAACUCUUCUCCUACUCACCAAGAAGUACAUAUAGCCAGGCCACUGACAUUCCUGGGAUAGGGAUGGAUCAAAGUUAUGGCAGACUCAAGAUAUUCAAGCAGUUGUUCACAGCAAUGGGCAAUUCCUACUGUCAGUGUGACAGUAGUGCCUGGACUGAGCCUAUCAUCUGACAGCAAGUCAUCUUCAGGGGAACAAGUAGCUGCUGCCAAUCCGCAGUAUGUGGUAGCCAAGACCAAGCAUGAGGCAAAAAGCACAAUGCAACCUCCUCGAUCUGUAGCCUCCACCAGUCAACCAUCUAAUGGCAUUGUAACAAGGUCUAAGCAUACCAGGAAAGAUAAGAGCUCUACAAUGAAUCAAGGCCAACCAUCGACACACGAAAACAUUGACAACAAGUCUGACAAGGAAGCAAUUCAGCUUCCGGAGCCAGCUCAACACAAUGCUGUUUGCUCAACCUCAGGAAAAUGCCAAGCAGGCGGUGAACUUCGACUUUCUCACCUCUUCCCUGUGAGCUCUACUGUUGAUGUACCCCCAAUGUUCUCCCUGGUUGGCCUCAAGUCCCCUCUGCUCCCUGGCAUGACCCUGGUGGCAGCUGUUGACAAGCGGUAUCUUCCUGACGAGGAGACCUGUAUCACCAUGCUCGGCUUCAGUGGGAAUUGUGUGGGCUGUGGUGCCAAGGGGUUUCGUUACUUCACAGAGUUCUCACAACACAUUAACCUCAGGCUUGCCACUCAGCCAAAGAAGCAAAAACACAUCAAGUAUUACAUUAUUAAGGACCAGAGUGGGCGGCUGAGAAAGGGUGGUGUCAUUCCAUGGAAAGUUGAGGGUCGUAAGAGGAGUAUGCCGAUGUCUGGACCUUCUCUUGCUACACCAGAUGAAGAUUCCAGCACAGCAGCAGCUAGCCCCUCUGCAGUGUCAUCACAGAGCUCUGCUGGGAAUAUUGGUGCAAGCCAGACAUACAACACUGCCAAGAGAAAUCGAUGGGAAAGCAGUAGUGAGAAUGAUGCUGCUUCUAUCUAUAGUGGCGAUGAGGAAGCAAGUCCUGCUCACUCUCCAGCUUCCGAGAUGAACAAAGCAGAUCUCCCCAACAAGGCCUGGCUUACGGCAGCCUGUGGAGUGUGUCCUGUACUUCUCCUCUGUCAGCAUUCCAUUCCAAACGUUCCUUGCUGUGUUGACGACAUCAUAGUCAGUGACCUCUUAGUUGGCUGCUUUGACCCUCCCCUUGUUGCUGAUCGCAACCAGUUUGGAAACUACUCCAACCAGUACCACGCCCAAGUCCCAUCCCCCUCUAUGGCCGACCCUGUGACCCAGACACGCACACACCCUGCCUCACCUCUCACCACCCAGAUGGCAAUUAUCCUCCUAAUCCAGCACCUGUCACAGCUGAACGAGGACGACCGCCUCAGCAGGGAAGACAUCGAGUCAUUGCUUCAGGAUGCACAGCUAGAGCUCUCUGCCGGCUUCCAACAGCCGCAUGCCAUCGCACAAAGUAACCUGCUAACUCAUGUCCAGCUCCCUGUCUUGGCCAACCUUGCAGCAGCAACAUCUAAAGGCCGGGUCAAGAUCGUUGUCUCGCCUGUUUCUCUGGAAAAUGCUAUCGUCCGCGUCCUCAAGUUCAUCAUGGAAAUCAUCAGACACAAUCAAAACAAGUUUCCUAAAGUACCAGUUCCCGAUUUCAUAUUUAUUCUCGCCACAUCGCAGCAAAAGGCUCCAGAGUUUUGUGUACUAGUGACAGGUAUAAGCCAGGCCAGAUAUUUAACUGAAGCGAUGUUGGGCCAUCCAGUUGGUGCAAGAAUUACGGACAACCUCACUAAGCUUGAGCAACUUUUUAGGCUGUCUAGCGACGCUCUGGAGCAGUUGGUUUCCAACUAUGAAGAAGUCAUGAAUCAGGCCCAGCUUGUUUACAUCCCAUUUAACGGCUAUGCGCGCAUGAAAAUCCACGCCAGUGAAGCGUUGACACUUGAACCCAAGAUCACCCAAAGCUCGACACAUCGCCUCAGUAAACCGUUCACUGUACAUGCUGUUCAGAGCACCAUGGCCAAGCAACUUGUCUCCCAAGUGUGCUCCAUUGCAGAUAAUUCAAACGUUUUGGCAAUUAGUGAGUUUGUCAAUGUAGAUUUUACCAUUAUGGUACCGCCUAUAACAACUCUGUACAAUCAGACUGUACAGCGUGUUGCUCACUCGGGUAUCCUUGCCGAGCUGGAGCUAGAACCAGGUGACGCUGCAUCCAAGUUCGAGACAGCCCAGAACUUUGUCAUCAAGCAUGAUGAUUGCGAAGAGACACAGGAGAAGUUGACAAGCUUAUUGAAGAAGGUUCAUACGCAGCCAAGUACCUUGUUCGUGAUGGUGUUUGACCAGUCACAGUUCUAUUGUAAUCCUCGAGGCGUCCUUGAUCUUCCUUACUACAAGGAGUUUCAGGAGUCGUGUAAUGUGAUCAUGCUGUUCGUCACCUCAGCGCCAUACUUGUUCCAGUCCAACCGUUCGUUCAUUGAUCCAGGAAACGAAGUUUACUGGUCAGACUCCAAACUUGAUCUGGAUGCUUGCUCCAUCACGUCUGGGUCUCUGGAAGACGAACAGUACACAGAUGAUCAGGACAUCAUGUACUUUGGACUAAAGGAGUACUGUGACUCCAUCAAGUGGACCCAUCAAUUCCCGCUCGUGCGCCAGGAUGAUGCCUUUGAGAGAAUGGCACUUAGAACAACUAGGGCCACAGACGACGUCAAUGUUAGCGUGCUUCGAUGUUACCUCCUCAUUCGCCACUACUGCGCAGCAAUCAUGUGGGCAGCUGGAAUCAAGCCAGCAGAGCCUCACUGCACCCUCAAGACGAUACAGAUCAUACGGGAGAUCAUCGAGACGCCCGUCAGGAACACAGAUGGCAGUGGUACCAUGCUUCUUAUUCGGAUACCCUCGGUAGAGCUUGCGGGUCUGGCUUAUGAUAGCGUCAGGAAUGUCAGGGACAGACUUGGCUUCCAGUACCGCUUCUGUGUGAUUCAUGAUAAUGGAGCUGGUGAAUUGGAGAUCGAAGAGUACUUCCUUAAAAGACUCCGACUGUGGAGAAAGCAACGUGGCAUACUUGAUGGUGAGGCACUAGAAACUUGGUAUCCGCGAUGCUACGAGGAACUUCUUGACCUGCCAUGUAUUGUAUUACUGAGCGGUAGGGAACGACCCGGAGAAACCUUCCCAAGGUCCCUGAAGUAUAUCGACAUACGUUUGAUAGACCGGGGCUUUCUUUAUCGCUCAUCUCUGGAGCUGGAAUUCAGUGCCAUCGCAUGUUACAUCAGUACCGGGGCAGGCCCAAGAACUAUGGAAAACAUUGACCAGUCAGAUGAUUCGAAAGACGAUGCAGCAAGCAAUAGUUCAGCGACGGGGAAGACGAGCCAUUAUUCAUCCAACUACCCACUGCCGGUGGUGCUGGUGUCCAGAUCGGCCUUUAAGGCAUUCCAGACCGACUUUUACGGCUACCCCAAGCAUCUGCUACUCCCCACCAGCCCUCAGACCCGAUGGCUUGGCCACGGCAGGCCGCACUUGGUGACUUCCAACCCCGCCCACCAGUCCCUUUAUUACCGACAGUGGACCGAACCUAAGCCCAAGCAGUCGGUUGGGUGCAGCUCGGUCAAUAGCCGCCCGGUGAUAAGCAUGCGGAGUGGCAGUGGCAUUGUUAUAAGUCCGGAUAUCCCGGAUGUAGUUGAGGAAGACGGGAUGUCCGCAGUGGAGACCAUGGGAGAUACCAGACAGUCCAAUUGUGGCAGUGAGUGUGGAGAAACUAGUGGCGAAGAUAAACCGAAUAGUCCUGUUCAGAACACCUCAGUCAGAGAUGAAAUACCUGCCAAAAGAAUCCGCCUCACGAACGAUCCCAGACCAGGUCAAAUCAUGGCGCCGCCAAGCAAUCCCUCAGAGUCCGAUAAUGACGUUGGAGUAGGUGACAUCACUGAUGAAGAAAGUGACACAGAGAAAGGACAACGCUUCCAUCCCAGGUCCAUACUCUUUAGUGGCGCACCCCAGGUUGGUAAGACCGGGGCGUAUUUGCACUUCAUGCGCCUUUUGUAUCACAUGCUUACCAAACUCCGACGUGUUGACGUCUACGAUGAGCUUCCUUGGACUACUGACACCAACAAACCUGCUGACGGCACCCAGAAAGACGUCCCCUCGCCCAUUCCCCCAGACAACCGUACCUUUAGUCAGUUACCGUUCACAUGGAACCUCCAGCAGCACCCCUUUAAUGGAAUAAGUCCUUUAUAUAUGAAGGCGGAUAAGGGCGUCGCGGGUGCAUCAACGUUAGUAAAGGGUCCCUCAAGAGAUGCCCCUAGGGCCCGCCCUAUUACGUCAUUCACUGUACCGCAGUACGCCGCUCAUGAUGUUUGCCAUCAGUGUGACGCUUGCAAGGCCUGCCGAGACGCCUUGGGCCCCGCACAGGGGCUUACCUAUAGGCUCAGUUCUGGGCACAUACUGCAGUUCCUUGUCCCGUCCAUUCAUAGCAGCAGCUUUGAUAUCAAGGGGAAACAUCUGCUCAGCCUGAAGCUACGGCUGUUUGAGUUGUCAGGAGGGGCUGGGGUAAAGAAGGAGGGCGGAGAAAGCCCGAUGAAGACGCCCUUGAUGAUGCCUAGUACUGGACGUCAUGAGAAUGGUCUGCUGAAUCUUCAGCACACCAUGGAAGACAAGGAUCACAUUCAUAUCGUGUUUGUCCAUCAACAUGAAAUGGCGCUCUAUCACAAGUCCUGGCCCAACCACGUGAUUGUAGGGCUACCACUGGAGUGUGAAUACGAAGGUGUGGGCUCAGCUAGGUUCUUCAUCAAGGAGUUCGCAACAGAUAAUUUUUUUGCGGAAAGGAAGCGUCAAGGUGUUGAUGGCAGCACCGGAUGUGAUGUAUGGCCUUUCAUUCUGAUGAUUGACGAUUCCUGUGUCACGUGGCAAGAUCUGCUAAAGUCUCACCCGCAACAGAAUCAUACUGAAGAGCAAGCUACCAACACGUCCCUGCUGAAGAUAAUCACGCAAGUAGAAGCCAUGCCCAACGUUGCCACCACUGUCGGCGCCAUCACCUUCCGGCCCUUCAGCUCCAAAACACCCACACCCUUAGCCGCCCCCUCCGUGGACCACACCCCACCUACAGGCCCAGCCGUGCUGAUCAACAUCCUGACCACGGCAAACACCCAGUUCGACCGGCGCAAGUACUCAAACGAGAACGUCGACUGGGGGAUACGGCUUCAACUGGAAGGAAUCACCACCCUCAGGCUAAACCACAUUUCAGUUGCCAGGAAGCGAAUCGAGAACGGGGGCCGUCCGUCAUUCAAACUAGUCCUGAAAUCCCUUGAAGAGGGCAACGGGGCAGCACGUGUGAGACCUUGCCGCAUCACGAACUACAGCAGGUUUGUGACCGCGCCUGACACGGAGGACACUCAGUUCCUCUCGGUGCCUGCGCAGUUCCUGCUAGAGCUCUACCUCGCACAGGCCGCUGCCACCAAGCUCUUCCAAUCCGCAGCUGACAAACCGGAUAACCCGGUUCUGAUCCUUGACGCGUACGUCAAUCUCGGGCCUAGGAUUAGCGUGGAGUGUUUGAGUUCUCGAAAACUUCAACAAGAGGGGAAGGAGAGGGUGAGGGCUAAGAGAGGUUCUGUUAAGUACGGCGGGCUCUUGCUGUACUUCAGUGAUGCGGAAACCGUGACGCGGGAAUUGCUUCAACAGUUUGACUUCUGCGAGGAUGCACAGCUUUGCCUGGUAUGCCAGGACAGAAACACCCUGCGGCAGGAAUUGGUAAGACUUGACCUGGAGGAGAACUGGAGGUUUAAGCUGAGGGACGAGCUUCAAACGGCUAACGAUCCCAGGGAGCCGUCGCUUUUCCUGCUGACCGGCAAACAUGAUUAGAUCACGCAGGGCAGGCGGUAGGCUAGUGCAGUAAAGCAAAAGGACCAGGGCUUGUCCUCGUGAAAAUUCAAGGAUUCAUCAGGGGGUUUUCGACAAGCAUCACAAGAUGUCGUUGCUUUCUCUGGUUGAUAGCCAACAGAGGCUAUCGAACUCCACGCAACAAAUAAGGCUGUAGGAAACUGAAGGUUCAAUAGAUAAACCAUCGAUAUGCUAUAAGACCUCGCAUAAAGAUCAUUGUAAAAUAAACAUUAAUGUACGUAUAACUAAAUUCGUUAUUACGUUAGUGGUGUACGUCGUAGUGAUUUUGGAUAUUGGUUUGCUUUUUAUUAAAAACCUAUAGAUUUAUUAAAAAUAAAUAUUUAUAUGAUAGGCAACUUGCACAAGUUGAUCACGUGACCUGGUGGCGCAUUCUGGGUCUCCUAAAGAAGAAGAAAAAAGAUUGGGAAAAAACUGUUGCAAAGCUAGAGAAUGAUACGAUUCUGUCACCCAAAAUGUUACAUACCGCCUACUUUGUGAAAUCGAGAAAAAAAAGGCGAAAAUGCGCCUUUUGAAUAACUAAUACUUAGAAAUUAUUAAACAACGUUAGGUAAGAUAAACCUCGCUAAAUGCCGUGUACUCGCAAAGUUGUAAGUCAGGUUUAUUAUUUGAGUCGUGCCCAUCAAGCACAUCAACAGCUUUGUUGACCGAUUUAGCAGACUAUUUUAUCCUAGAUUGCUCGUCUACCUCGCAGUGGUACUAAAUUUAUCUUCAUUAAAGCGGACCUUUUAGUCCCAAACCCCCCCUGGCUACGGGCCUGAACAGCAGCAUACAACAUGGAUUGCUGUUUUCAUGACGCGGCCGAUAUUUAGAAAACUAACUCUUAGGCACAUGUGGGAAUUUACCGGCCCUAUGUCGUUUUCUAACGUGAGAUUCUGAAUAGAAUAGUUUUGUAUUUUUACAAUCCAAAAUCUUCCAUUUGUGACAGUGUGUUAGUCAACUGGUGUCCAGUCUUUUUUCUCAUGUUGAGAAUCAUGAGGUUAGAAAUUGGAUUUCCAGUUAUUUUCUGCACUCUAACAUGCAUGACAAAUGGAGUCAUACCUAUCCAUCAAAAUCAACUCUAGAGUGGCAUACACCCAAAAGAUUGUUGAUCGCCACUCUAGCCUUUUAUACUAUACUGUGUUUCAUUUGAAAGUUCUUGCAGUCACUCACCACUGCCUUAGCCAAGCAAUUCUCUUAUUGUUCAGCCAGUAAACUGACUGAUUAUGCAAGGAUUUUUAAAGAGAUCACAGAACUUGGAUAUUGUCUGUUUUUUCUUGCAAAAUGUAAACUUAGAAAACAAACUAUAAAAUGCACCUAGUUUCUUGAA